UAAAUCGCAGACCUUGAGGGGUCUGUAUGUCCAGCUACCCCCAUUACAGAACAGAAACAUGUCCCAAGGGUCCAACAAACGAAGCCUGGUGGGAGCGGGUGUGCUGCUUUCCGAUGUUCUGGGCGACAAACGCGUCAACGGAUUUGGGUCUCUAGUCAGAAAUGUUGAGUCAACGAGCCGUCGCGCGAAUGACCCACGACAGGCCUCCGUCGUCCUAUCGCCCCUGAAUUCUGCGCUCGAGGCGCUCCCUCAGAAGCCAUGGGAGGAUGCUGCCGACUACUCCGAGUUUGGCUCCAACGCUUACGAGGGAGCCGGUGGCCGCGAUCGGGCACAAGGCAACAUCCAGCGCUUUGUGGAACGUUACAUUGUGCCAGUGGCGGCCCAGGACUGGGCUAAGGAGCAGAAGAUUAAGUCCAUCGGCCAGGACACGCUCAUAUGGUGGGAGGAAAACGCUGAUGGCAAAAGAACGGUAAGGCGGUCUGGCAAGAGGGGUUUGGAAUGUAAUCGAAUAUCGCUGAACGAAUGCCACGCCAACAAAUCCGGCAGAUUCAGCCAGAUGGUAUUCGGGUCAAGGAAGUCAUUUCCACAGCCACAAAUGGCGAAAUUUGGCUUCUCGAAGGAGUCCUUGGAAGAUCGUAGCAGCUGGUGUCGAGCGCGUUGCUGUAAAAUCACAGACAAGAGAUUCAAUCUCGUGCUCUUCGAGUAGGCCUCAACGAGGGUAUAUCUAUCAAGGUUACAGGGACUCUGGGUCAGAGGAGGGGGAACAGGGGCGAAACGAAGAAAGACAUGAAAUAUGGUAUUAUGUACAAUCCAGUGCGCAGAAAGAGACGAGUUCCAGAUGUCUAGAGCCUGUCAAGUUUGCGUCUCUCGUUGCGUGUCCUCUUCAACAGCUUCUUGUACUUCUUCUUCUUCAUCUUGAGCUUCCGCUGCCUCUUGACACUGAUGGCCAAAAUCGUCCCGUUGCGUUUCUGGCUCUCUUGGAACAUGAUCUG